CUUGGGUGCAUUGACUCAAAAAUAGCAGCCUUCGUUUUGAAAAACAAGCACAUAAUCGAAAAGUAUUAUUAUGAUCACCCCUUAUUUUGCCAUGUCGUGGAUAUGACUUUGUUUGGAGAUAAAGACAAGGAUAUACUUUCAAGUUGUUUAAAGCAAAUAUUUUCCAGUGAAUUAUUAUCAUUAUUAAUGAAAUUACCAAAAAUUUGCAAUUUGAGCACUGAACAAAAAAAGGACGUUGAUAGUGCAAUAGAAAUAAUACAAGAUGGAAGGUCUUAUGACCAAUCUGAAUAUGAUUACGAUUCUUACAAAUGCAAAAGUUCUUCACAUCAAAAUGAUCUCAUUACUCAACGAAAGCCAGACGUUUGGGCAACGACUAAUAUCAAUGGUAAUCUUUAUGAAUUAAUGUAUGGAGAAGUUUCUGGUAUGCCAUUCGAUCCGGAUAGCAUUCAUAUUGAGGAAGAUCGACGGAAAUUGUUUAGAUUGGGAGUCAGAGGAAAACGAAAAUUUCAAGUAAUGUUUCUUGAUCAUCCGGGAAAACUCUAUCGGGCUACGUCAUUUACCCCUGUUGAUAUUCCUGUGCAAAGCUCACAAAAACAUAAGUUUAAGGCUUUCGCAAUUAAAGUGUGUGAAGUGUAUCAAGUCCUAAAAAAUAUUGGUAAUGAAGUCAGGUACAUCAUGGACGAAAUUGAUAAAAAUGAAAUUAAUAAUGCGAUCAUUACACCGAUUAAUGGCUCUCCAUUAAACUCACCAACUAUUUCAAAAACACCUCCCAAAAAAUAG